UAAUGUGGAACCCUACUCUCCCAAGAGUGAGAUGGAGGAGCCCGGCAUUAGACCCGAUGGUCCCUAUGGCCCUCCACUCUUUGGCCAUCCCGGUAACGUUGCCACGACUGGACCCGAAUUCUUCCGGGUUCGUGAACUGUUGGUGGGAUUCAUCUGGGACGAACAGUAACGUGCCCGAGACGGGACCACUCCCAGGUAACGCGCCCGAACCAAAUUCUUCGGGGUCCCUGCGUUGCUGGUGGGAUCCAUCUAUCGUGAACAAGGCUAAAGAUAAAGCCAAGAGCGCUUCAGUGCCCGUGCCAGUCUUCUGUUGCGAGAUGUGUGGUGAUUGCUUUGCGUCCGUAGAGCACCUAAACAGGCACAGGCUGUCGACGCACACGGCGAGACCUCAAGGCAGGCACCAGUGCGCUCUGUGUCCAUACUCUAGUAAUAGAAGGCACGACGUGGACGCGCACGAGCGCACUCACAACGGCGUGAAGCCGUUCGUAUGCCACCUGUGCCACAAAGGGUUCGUCCAGCGUUCUCAGCUUCACGUGCACCUCAAGAGUCACAGUGGCGAGAGGCCGCAUGAGUGCAUGGAGUGCGGCAAGCGGUUCGUGCUUCUCUCGCACCUCGACUACCACCGGAACAACGUGCACGGCAACGCGGAAAAGUCUCACGUGUGCCCGCAAUGCGGCCGCGGCUUUGUGCGGCGUGCCGUGCUCGGCCGGCACAUGCUUUCGCACGAAGCGGAGAAGCCGCACGUCUGUUCGGUGUGUGGCAGGACGUUCUCGCGGCUAGACAACGCCAAGACUCAUUUGCGGCGGAAGCACCCGGAUUCCGGUGGAGACAUUUACACAACGCCGGUGGGGAACCCGUUGGAGGAUGUGCCGCGCUACGGUGCUUUGAAUGAAGGUCGGGGAGAUCGCUCCUCCGCGUUGUAUGAAGGUGCGUCAUCGAACAUUCUUGGUGUCGCUGGUGUUGUGGAAACGCCACAGUCAGACAUCUUGCAUACGCUAAGCAAACCUUGAUGUAGUUCUCCCUGAAAAAGGAAGUGGGAGUAGUGGCAGAGAGAGUGUGCAUGAGAAUGUGAUAGUGUGCUUGUCUUGUAAAACACCAAACUAGUGACUAAUAGCUCCAAAUUUGGUUGCCGACAGCUGUCAGGCGAAGUGGUGUCAGAGAAGUUUCAUACUCGGCGUACUCAUCCUGCUUGGUCUUUUUAAAAUUUUUUGCUAAAAGUGUGCCCGAAAUUUUAACGCGAUAGGGUUUGAGAGCUCGUUUCGCAAACAUUUCACUGGAGGCGAAGUUGUCGGCAUCGUUCGUCGUAGGGGACAAUUCAGCAUCUUGUCAAUGACAAAAAAUUAGGAAAGAUGCAAA